UUUUUCUCGAUCUUUUUUUCCGAGUCAUAAUGGAGACACGAGAUAAGAAGCGGCGGCUGUUAGCCCGCGGAAGGGAGACAUGAUGGAGACUUCCACAAAGGCAGAAAAGAUAAAAUUUUAAGAUCUGAAUACCUAUAAUGUACUUAUCAAUGGAUGGGUGUCUGAGGUAAGAGAGAUAAAUCUCCUAUGCCUUAUCUUUGACACUUUGUCAUCGUCACACCGUCAUACUACGACAUCAUCGCCCGCAACAACCCAUAAGAGAGAUGGACACUCCUCUAUCAACCGAUGAACAUUACGCCAUGGAGCCCGGGAAAGAGCUGUCACUUGGGAGUCUACCUUGGUCAACAAGGUUGCGAUUGCGCUUGACUUCCGACAUCGAUACAAGAUGGGCGGACACGAUACUUCUGGCGUGCUUCUUCACGACCGGCAUGGUGGACUCGAUUGCAUUCAAUACGUGGAGUUGUUUCGUUGGCAUGCAAACAGGAAACACCAUCUUCGCAGGCCUCGGAGUCAGUGAUUUACCCGCCAACGUGCCUCAACAUACAUGGACGAAAUCAUUAAUCGCCAUAUUGUCAUUUUGUCUCGGCGCGUUUUGUUUCUCUCGGUAUCAUCGAUAUCUCGGCCCACUCAAGCGAUGGGUGAUAAUGUCAUCUUUUUUCAUCCAAACGUCUUUGAUGAUCGUGACCGCGUCACUGAUCUCUGGCGACUUGGUUGCCAAAACGGAGGAAACAACGACAGCUGAUGGACGAGGGAACUUUCCCUGGCACGAGCUUUGUCCAAUUGCUCUUCUGGCUUUUCAGAGCGCUGGGCAAAUCGUUGCAAGCCGGAUGCUCAAAUAUAAUGCAUUGCCGACCGUGGUAUUAACAAGCUUGUUUUGUGACUUGAUGAGUGACCCAGACCUGUUCACAGCUGGAUUGCUUCAGGAUCCCGAUCGAAACAGGAGAGCACUCGGGGCAGUUUUCUUGUUUGCUGGAGCGACUGUAUCUGGUGCUCUGAUGAAGACCUCUGUUGGCUAUUCUGGUGCCCUAUGGAUUGCGACGGGGGUAAAAGGUGGCAUGGCAUUAGCAUGGUUGGUUUGGAGAUCCAAAAAGCCACAAGCGCAAUAACAACGCAGAAUUAUAUGAGGACGUGAUUGCAGUAUUGAGAGCGGAUAUCCUACCGCUUCUCUCCCUGGAUGGUUGCUACAACUUUCCUUGUAUGCUUUGAUGCCCGAAAUUCCAAAUACCAGAUUCCUUGCCACGUCCCUGUGUUUAACGUGCCAG